AUGCCUCGGCCAAUUCUCAAGACUUUAUCAUCAUACGCAAGCCCCAUGAGGCCCUCGGACAGUGCAUCCAAGAGAGAAAGAGAGCAUGUUGGUGUCCGACGACAUGUUAGUGCCAGUCGACGCGUAUCGUUCUCGCCAUUUGCCAAGUUACGAGAAGAUUCACCAAUCAAGUCUCGAUCGCCACUUCGUACUGAUGAAAAGGAAACAAAGGGCUCAUUAACGUCGGGUUUCACGUUUUCGAGUGCCAUUGAAACGGAGAAAAAGAAACAGUCACGGCGGAAAGAGGAGCUGCAGACCAUGCAGAUUUUGUACACAGCAGCAAAGCGCAGACCUCAUAGUAUGAAGUCAUUGGUGUUGACGUAUGUGCCUGGACUCAAAUGGCUUUACACGUUGGCAAAGGAGUGGAUGGACUAUGCAAAGGCAAUGCGCAAUGAGAUACCGUGGCCUCGACGCUCACGACCAAAGCGGCGCCCACGAAGGCUGUUUCGAAAUAGAUGGACUGAUAUUGACGAUGCAGAUUACAAGUAUGUCCAGCACCUCACGUAUAGUUCGACAACGGCGUUUUCGACCUUGUUACCAGUGUCGACCAGGGUUUGUGGCUAUAAACCGCCAAUUGUCGCCCAUCGAUCUUUGCAGCCGGAUCUCACUCCAUCUAGCCGAGGGGGAUUCGUGAGCCUACUACGUAAAGAAGGUAUUCCAGUUGACGAAGAUGAGCGAGAGACUAACCGUGUCAUUGACGAAGAUCUUCGUGGCCUACGCCACUCCACUUAA